GCAACCACACAUUUUUUGUAGAGUUGCUCAAUUUUCGUUUCAGUCGUGAUCAAAAAUUUUAUUUUUUGGCAGUGUCUCUCAGUAACACUGCAUACAACACCAAACGAAUUACAAUGAGAGGCAUUCGACAAGAAAUAGGUUCUGUUAUGCUAUUUCUUGCACUUCAUGUGACUUUUCAAAUAAAACCAUCAACGCGUGCAGCCCCAAUAGAUUGCACAAAGAACACUGCAGUCUGCUUGGAAGAAAUAAUCAAGAAAAUCACUCAAGUUCGAUAUGAGGUUAACAUUCUCAUGGGGAACAAAAAAUUGGCGAGUUCUAAGAACUGUGCUGAGCUGUACAAAUCCGGCCGAAGAGUCAGCGGCGUUUACACAAUCGAUCCAGAUGGUUCAGGUGCCUUUAAUGUAUAUUGUGACCAAACAACAGCCGGUGGGGGGUGGGCAGUGUUUCAGAAGAGAUUAGAUGGCUCCGUUGAUUUUAACCGCACUUGGAAUGACUACAAACAUGGCUUUGGUAACUUGGUCGGUGAAUUUUGGCUUGGCCUGGACAAGAUAAACCGCCUGACGCGAAACAAGACAUAUAACAAGCUUCGAGUAGAUCUGGGAGUAGUUACUGGUAAAACUGUUCACGCUGAGUAUGACUGGUUCGGGAUUGGGACCGAGAUGGCAGAGUACCGGCUGUACAUUAGCAAUAUUACAGAUGCGACUAAUUCUUCUGAUCCCCUCGGUUAUCACAGAGAUUUCGUUUUUGGUACCUUGGAUAGAAAUCCUGCAGAUUGCGAUCAAAAAAGAAGCGGAGGCUGGUGGUAUGGUAACAGUACUUGUACUUUGUUGUCAAAUCUCAACGCUAUUUAUCUGCGUUGUGGAAAUGAGAUCGGGCCAAAGAUCCACUGGGGAUAUCUAGUUGGAAACAGCGCCAAGGAUAGCGCUCCCACAUCAACUCAAAUGAAAAUUAGACCAGUGGACUUUUUCUAAAACUUUCCGAGGAAUAAGUGAACGCCCCAUAAACGAAUAAUGAUUCUCGUGUGUUCUAAUUGGACGCCUCCGGAGAUGAUCAGUUAUGUAAGAUUCGCCUCUACAAUGCUUUUGCAAUGAUUGUGAUUAGCUGAUUAGAUAACGUGGCCUUCAUUUGAUCGAAUUUGAAUGAAUUCCGCCGGGGAAACACCAUCGUUAAGUGCUUCGCUCGCAUCCUGACAUCAAGAGCAAUAAUUUGCAUAUAUAUAUUGUGACGUUGAUCCUAUUUGACGUCCUAUCCAUUGUUUUGGUGUAUAAUACUUUAUGAACCAUGGUUUAAAACUGCUACAAUUCAAAAAUUAGUUCGCUAGCCGUUGAAAUUAAACCAAAAUAUCCUUUAUUUCAGUUUUAUUAUAUCUUAGUGAUUUAUGCGUGUGUUUAAAAUCUACAAUGAUAAAAUUUACAUCUGCCCAAUUGAUGCUGUUUCAAAACACAGAGGAGCACUUUCUACGGAAAACAUUUUGCAAUAUGCUGAUAAGAAAAAUGACGACAUCUAGACUUAAACAUAGUCUUUUUGCGCUUGCUAAAGUCUACAUGGCUAAAAUCUACAUAUGCCCAGUCGAUGCUAUUUUGAAACAUUAAGAAGUAGCUUGCACGACGAGGAAAAAAACGUUUACCUUUUUUCAACUUCUUUAAAUUCCAGAGGUAAAGAUUUUUACAAUUUGCUGAUAAGUAAAAAUAAUGAAUAAUCUUAGUCAUCAAAUGUGAUUUUAGAGAAUCAUUACAUCAAAGUUAAUUUAGAGGGAUUCUUUCUUACAAAUGAAAGUUAUAAGCUACUAGCUGGAUGUUAUACAUGUUUCUUUUUAUUAUUUGUACAUUUGUCACCUUUUCUUAUGAUAUUUAAAAUUAUACCGCCUCAAAGCUAUCAAGAUCAAUCAAGCGAUUUACGAUUUUAUCAAAGAAUGUAAAGUAAG